ACAACUACACAUGUGUCCUGCUGUGUGUGUUUUGUUGAAAGAAAGAGAAAAAGCAGCAGAGUCAGAGAGGAGGGCACGCAGACAUUUGGGAAGGGGAGAGAGAGGAGAGAGAUUCGGCCGACCUGUCGGGGUCUCUCAUGUCACAUUUCUGCCCAGAGGAGCCGACCUAUGUCUCUCUCUAAAAAGGAAACUAAAACGGAAUAAUGAAAAACUGCACUCUGGAACACAGUCGGAGCAGUGUACCUUCUCCUCCUGCUGCUUCUGCAUUAAAGAAAGAAGAACUGAGGGCAUGAAAGGAGAAUGAGUGACAUUUUUAAUUUGUAUCUACAUAAGAAAGGGAAGAGGAGAUGGAGUCUUGUGGGUCUGUCUGACAACUGUGGGAGGGCAGAGGAGAUUUAUACAUAUAAUUGUGCUGUUAGUCUUCUUUUGGUACUCUUUCAGGGAAAAGCUAAGAGGUAAUAGGAGAGGAGCAAAAAGGGGAGGAGAGAGUCAAGCGCAGAGUAGAGGAGUACCAAGAGGAGGAGAAAAGAGAAGACCAGAGUAAAGAGAGGAGAGCAGAUGGGAUCUUCACAUUAUUAGCAUGAAAACAGCUCAGGCAUGUUGAUAAUGACAGAGAAAAAUGUGAGAGAAGUAUAGAUUGAUGGGGGGUCUACAGAUUUAAAAAUUAUUGCAAAGCAGCGGUCAUUGGGAGACAUGAGGAGCGGAACCGACUUCAGCAAGAAAAAUAUCAACUCACUGUGAAAUCAUGAGCGCUCCAACAACAGGAAGCCCAAACAUGGAGGUGAAGGUGGUGUCCCAGGAGAUGGCAUUGCUUAGCAACAUAUUAGCUGCUUACACCUUCAUUGCAGAGCAGCCUGAGAGAACAGCGUUGGUGUUUCUUGGCGGCGUGUGUGUUGGCCUUCUUGUCACAUUGUGUGCCAUCGUCUUCCAGAUACACUGUCGAGCAGACUGCCACUAUGGCAAUACUAACAAUCUACCCCAUCGCCCAAGGAACAGACUUCAACACCGUCGCCAUCAUAGCUGUCCCCAUCAUCAGCCCGCAGACAGUAACCCAGACAAUACUGCAGUCGUCCCCUCUGGAGAGACUGGGCCCACUGGGGACAGCGAGUCUGAGGACUGGGAUGACACAACUGAUCUAUCAGCACAGAGACGAAGGCGCUUCGAGAGAUCCCUGCUGCACGCCACCAUGUUCACAUCAGCCGAGGAGCUGGACCGGGCCCAAAGGCUAGAGGAGCGGGAAAGGAUACUCCGGGAGAUCUGGAUGAACGGACAGCCUGACAUCAGUACAGUCACUCAAAGCCUCAACAGAUAUUACUGAGACGACAAUAAAUAGAGAGAUGUGCAGACUGAGAUACAGACUGG